GAUUUGGCAGCUUUGUUAGCUGAAAUCAGAUAUUAAAGAAAACAAAUGCGUCCGGUGCGUGACGAACAGGAAUGCCUAAAAAUUAGGAAAUGACAAACGCUACAACAAAAUGGCUGAACAAUAUUGGAAAAAAUGGAUGAGACUCACGUUUAUACCAUUCGUUCUCCUAACAACUACUUUUGCCGAUUUCACCACAGAAUGCCAAAGGCCUUGUGAUUGCCGCUGGCAGUCGGGAAACAAAGCGGCUAUUUGCUCAAAUUCAAGUUUAAAAAUAAUUCCAGCAAAUUUAAGUAGUGAUAUACAAAUAUUAGACUUAUCAAAUAACAAUUUACAACAAUUACAUCAAGAAGCUUUCAAAAAAGUAGGACUUAGUAAUCUUAAAAAGCUAUUUCUUAAAGAGUGCAAUAUAGAAUUGGUUCAUAAAUCAGCCUUCAUAACACUAGCAAUAAUGAUCGAACUAGAUUUAUCUAAAAACAGAAUACGGCAUCUACACGCGGAUACGUUCAAAGGCACUGAGAAGUUGAGAUUAAUAAACUUGAGUAAUAACUUUAUUGAUAAGUUAGAAGACGGCACAUUCCGUAACUUGAAAUAUCUACAGAAGGUGGAAGUAAGUAAUAACAGGAUAGUGCGGAUUGGUACUAAAGCUUUCCAAAACUUGCCCCAGUUGAAAAUUCUCAGGUUUGACGGGAACAAUCUGAACCAUAUGAAGCCCGAAACUUUGAUGGGGCUGAGAAAUUUAUCCGGCUUGGAUUUACACAACAACCCAUGGCGUUGCGAUUGUAACCUGCAAACGUUCAGGGAUUGGGUCAUCAGUCAUAAUUUGUACACGCCACCGACUUCGUGCGCGGAACCGACCACCAUCCGGGACAAACUUUGGAAUGAAUUAGACUCGUCCAACUUCGCUUGCCGGCCUACUAUACUCGAACCUCUACCAGACGCAACGGUGAAAAGUUACGAGGAGAACGUGACUUUGAGUUGCAAAGUUGUUGGGAAUCCAACACCUGAGGUAGUGUGGCGAUUUAACGGAAAAACGAUCGAGCCGAGAGCAUUCGGUGAAAUAAGAUACGUCAUCACUGAGAAUACUGUAGAUUUAAUACGCUGGGUGAACCUAACGAUACUUCAUGCCAGAUAUGGUGAUAGAGGCAAUUACACUUGUAUAUCUGAAAACCCUGGUGGUCGCGAUGAAAAGACGUUAAUACUAGUAUUGUCUAAAUAUUCCGGAGUCGGAACGAUAGCAGGAAUGGAUGCAGAUUCCUUUGCCAUACUAGUUGGUUGUCUUGUAGCUAUAGUGAUAAUUUUUGGAGCAGCGCUGAUAGUCUAUUAUCAUACGACACAAAAUAACGAAAUAAAAAGACUGAUUAAAACAGAUACUCGUUCUUCAAAUGGCGAGGCUUUAAUUGACGGUUUAGUGGCGUCUGAAAUAGAGAAUGGUUUUAAGGCCGAGGUAAAUCCUAUAAUGAAGCCUCCAAGGAAAAGCGAUGCCACACCGUCCGUUCCCAAUAAGGCGACUGAGGUGUCAGAACUGAAUAAAACAUUAUUAGAUAACGACCCCAUAUUAGCAACAACUGAAGGAAGUCGGCAUCAAGAGGUGGAGCUGCCUAGGAUUUCUCAAGAAACAUUGCUGAUGGACCGACUCAGCCAAGAUCAUCAGGCUUACCCUCCAGACCUUUUGUCUUUUCCACUCAGAGGCAGUACCCAAAUAUCUCCGGCUGGUGGCAGCUCAUCAGGUCAAGAGAGACUUGGUCUUGCUUCAACAGAAAGUCCACUAAAAUCUCCCGGUUACGGAGUAGCUGCGAUCAACCCAGCAUAUUCCAGAUUCCAAUCCCCUACUGCAGGUGCAACUUCUUUGAUCAACAGUAAAGGAAUGACUGGAUAUGUUACUUUACCAAGACGACCGAGAGGAGACAUACCAGACAGCAGUUUACGACCCCAAAUGUUUUCCACAGUAAACGGAAUUGUUCCUUCGUAUGACAGUUUCAAUUCCAAAUUCUUCAACUACGGUGGACAUUACUAUAGUCUUAAUAAAAGUGAAAUGGACAUUGGUCCUUAUGGUAAAAUGAGUUCUGGUUUUAAUGAUUCUGAGGAGCUAGAACCGGCUCCCUCUCCAGCUCCUGGAACUCCUCAUGCUACGAUACCAAGAAACAGCUUAAGCUCGCCGAAUAUUCAUAAUCAGCUUUUGAUGCUGCAAGCAAUGUCCAUGAAUGCUCAAGCCAGAUUUUCGAAAACGUCUGAACAUAGACCUUUAAAAGUCAUGCUGUCGGAAAGUGAAAGUCUCCUUAAGAAUCCUUCCGAUUUGAGAGUUGCCUACAGUGUCAACGUUGUAAGUGGUACAUUAGGCAGGACAAAGGCAGUGCACAUACCUCCGACUAGAAAAAGGAGUUCUUGUGAAGUGAAAGAACCUUUCUUAUUGAACACUGGAGAUAAUGCAACUCAGCCUAUUAAUGUCCCCACUGCUGGGGUACAGGGCUUUCCUAUGGAUGGAAUAGGGGCAUUGGGCCAUGACCCGUCACGCGGGCCCAGUGCGGAUUGGUGGGUGCUAACGACUGCAGAUGCAGCCGGGAACAACGGCUUAACGUGCCUUCCGAAGCACGGAGGAGCUCGAGAUAGUAAUUUUUGGUCACCCAUCCAAUGA